AGGUCAGAGAUUUCUGAAUGCUGGUAAAUGACGAUGAGCCCAUUUCUCCUUCACCUCCCCCAGCUUGUUUAAACGGAAUUUCUACAAACAGCUCAGAAAAGUGCUUGUAGUCAGUAUCAGCAAACCAAAAACACUCAAAAAUAAGGAUGAGGCCAGCAUUUCAGUGGUUGCUGCUGCUUAUAUGUCACGCGUGGCUGAUCACAGCUGAAACAACAGACAAAGUGUGUCCCCGGCCUCCUGAGGAGGAUGGCACAGAACUGAGUGGAGGACAGAUAUUUUUCGAGCCAGGAACAGAGGUUACACUGUCAUGCAUACGGGGUUACUCAAGCACCGGAGGGUCACGCAAAAUAACCUGCAAAAGUAAUGGAGAGUGGACCGAGCGGCAGCUGAAGUGCUCCCCAAAGCGGUGUCCGGUUCCUGAACCGCCAACGAACGGAAAGGCGGACUUCAACAAGAUUGUUUACAAAAGCGUCAUCGCAUAUUCCUGCAAUGAAGGAUACGUCCUGGUUGGAGCCAGUUCCAGUGAAUGCUUAUACACAGGCCAGUGGAGUGACUCCACUCCACAGUGUGAACCUGUUACUUGUGGUCUUCCGCCUAUUCCACCUAACGCCAAAAUCGUGUAUGACAGGCAUUUCAACGGCGACACCGUAGAGUUCGGUUUUGGAGGGCUCUAUGAGUGUAUGCCUCCCAUGGUUCUCGUUGGUGAUAAGAGAGCCACAUGCACUGCCGACGGCACAUGGUCGAAACCACCAGAGUGCAAGUUGGUAGUGUGCCCUGUGCCCUUACAAAUAGAGAAUGGCUUUCUGUCAUUUGCUGAGCUGCGACAGCAUGGGUAUAAUGAAAAAGUCAAAUAUGGCUGUGACAGUCCCUACAUCCUUGAUGGACCUGCCGAGGUUGAAUGUGAAGAAACUGGCUCAUGGUCUAGAAUUCCUACAUGUAAAGCUCCACCCACUUAGGAUGUGAGAGAAGGAUGCAAGGAUAAGAUGUGAGGAGAGAGGAAUCGAAGCAAGUCGAAUGGAAUAUCCUUGCUCUCUCAAGUGUCACUUCAAAGCGACAUCAAUUAAUGAUGACUGUGCUCAGCUGGAUUGCUUCACUGUGCUUCAGGGAUCUGCCGUUAUGCUUUUUAUUUUUAUUUUUAUUUUUAUUGAUGUGCCAUUAUGUUGUUGGAGCUUGGUUAAUAGCAACAUUCUUAAUAAAGCAAAACAAAAUGCACUGAUAGUAUGUGAAAUGUCUGGGUUAUUCAACAAUGAAUUAAUGAACAAUACAUAAACUAUCACAUCAUUCAUGCAGCUUUUCAUAUCCAAACAUGCAAGGAUCAAUAAAUUACAAUACUCAUUGUAAGCAUAUUAUUAUGUAAAGAUGUUCCAGAAGGACGAUGACAGUUGCCUUGAUCAUUCUGAAGCCAUCAGAGCAGUUACAACUGUUGUGUCGUCGAUCCCAGCAUAGGCCGCAGCUCCAGCUAUUGCUCCAGUAGUGCCGUAUGCUGUUGUAAGGAAAGUCAUGUUGGGAUAUCCCAACUCCAUGCAGAAUUUAUCCAACAACUGCUGUCAUAAGUUUGUGGGUGGGGUUCCAGCGGUGUCACGUUGUGAUAAGUUUACUGUGAACACUCUCUCCUCCCUGUGAACACCCCUUCUGUCUCUUUCCUGGUUCCUGUGUUGGCACCUUUUUCUCUUUGUUUCUUUGUCGACUCAGGUGCGGACAGAUGAAGCCCCUCACCAUUUGUGCAUUUACAUACCUUCCUGUUUCAUGCGAAUAUGCCCUUCUACCUUACCAAUCAAUGGUUAACCCAUUGUCUCUGUCGUGUGUCAAGCCUGAUAUAUACUCUGCCUUUCUUGGAAUAAAUGAGAGAUCUUGCCAUUUGAA